UGGAUGAGGAGGCCCUCUUCUCCAAGCCCACCUUCGCCCGGCUCGUGGCCCUGCUGGAUAACUACGAGCGCAUGACGGGCACGGCGGAGCAGGUGACUGCCUCCGAGGAGCAGGAAGUGGACGCUUUCCUGGAUGAAAUCUUCAAGACCCAGGUGAUGCAGAAGCUGAGCCAGUUCUUCCUGUCUAAAGGCAUCUAUUUGUCGCACAACGACUUCAAGGCGGACCUGAAGGAGAUGUGGUUCGGGCUCUACUCCCGCUCAAAGGGGGCGGCCAUGGACUCCUCCGGCUUCGAACACGUCUUCCACGGUACAGCGCGGCUCGCGGGCGGGCGGGGGGCUUCUGGAGAGGGCACAGCACAGAGCCACGGCUCCGGGGGCUCUUGGGAAGUUGAAUAAACCAAGGCUCCGACAAACCCAUUUGCAGAGCCCCUUCUGGGGGAGGAGCCCCCCCUCCAACCACGAGAGCCAGGAAGGUCAGACAUGGGGACGCAAGGCCUGGCCCCUAACGUUCAGGAUCCUGAGCCAGUGGCUCCUUCUGAGGACUGGCU